AUGGAUCAUGUCCAGGUGGAUGCGUUCCUUCCCUCUGCCCCGCUCCCUACCAGCUGGCCAGAACAGCGCACCUUAUUGUGGCACGCCAACAACAAUCAGAAGAAACCCAUUGCAUCCAUCAACUCGGACGGAGUGGUUUCCCGUGGCCCGCGUCCCACUGGAAGUCUGGGAAAGCCCUCCAAGCGAAAAACGAAAAAGCCAAAUAACGGUGUCAAACCCAUGUCCAAAAAAGAACGACAACGAACGGCCAAUGGAACCAUCGACAGCAAUACUAGCAGCAAUAAUAGCAAUGUAGACCCAUCGCAGCAAGCCAUCCAAGUGGUCCGUGGAACUCGGGGCAAUAAAACCGUCACCAUUGUCCGGGGAAUGACGGCCACCGCCGUCGAUGACAAGAAAAAGAUUCUAAAAACACUCAAAAGCAAACUGGGUGUGGGUGGGACCCUUGUGGAUGGAGUUUUGGAAGUGCAGGGCCCCCACAUGGACAAGGUGGUGGAGCUACUGCAGGGAAUGGGAUAUGACAAGGCUAGAAAGGUGGGCAAAUGA